GACGAAACCAAUCAAUAUAACAACAUCAUGAAUCAACAACCAGUGGAUCCUAACGUAAAGCAAGAAGCUACCUAUGCUCAACCUCCUCCUCAAUAUGAUCCAAAUCAACAACAACCACAAGCAUACUAUGGUCAACCAACUCAACCAAAUGCCUAUGGUCAACCAUAUCCACAACAACCAUACUAUGAUCCAAGUCAACAGGUACCUGUAGCUUAUGGUCAACCACAACCACAAUACUACACUCCACAACCUGUGAUCGUAGCUCAACCAACUGUUGCCACCACAACUACUACAACUGUUGUGAAUGGUGUUUCUGCAGUUGGAGAAGGCAAACAAGCUGAAGAAGCUUUAAUGUUUGCCUUGUUAGUGACAUUUGUCAUGUGGUUCCUUGGAAUUGGAUUCUGUUUCAGUUGUUUCUUCUUUGUUCCAGUUAUGAAAUUCCGUCGUUCAUCAGAUCCAAGAGCUAAACAAUAUGGACAAUAUGGACAAAUUGGAUUUUUCAUUACUUUAGGACUUAAUAUCUUGUCAGUUGUUGUUGCAGCCAUUAUUAUCAUUGCAAUUAUUGCUUCUUACGCAGCUGCUGCUUCUAGAAUUGCUAAAUAAUAAUUGGAAUAUUUGAAGCUGAUGAUUCAAUUUUAUUAUUUUCAAUUAUUAUUAUUUUGCAGCCAAUAUUUUGAAUAAUAUUGACAAUUUAUAAACAAUACAAAACAACAAUUUAUUUAC